AGUUGACAUUGACGUUUGUUUGUGCGGUUUCUGUCUCUUUCAUGUUUUCUCCAUCAACUUGCAACCAUGGCGGUGAACAACAUUUCUAAAAAGCGCAAAUUCGUCGGCGAUGGAGUUUUCAAGGCGGAACUGAAUGAGUUCCUCACUCGGGAACUCGCUGAGGAUGGGUAUUCCGGCGUUGAAGUGCGUGUUACCCCAACCCGCUCGGAAAUCAUCAUCAUGGCUACCAGGACACAGAGUGUGUUGGGAGAGAAAGGCCGCAGGAUUCGUGAGUUGACCUCCGUCGUCCAGAAGAGGUUCAACAUCCCCGAGCAAUCGGUCGAACUCUAUGCAGAGAAAGUUGCCACCCGUGGUCUCUGCGCCAUCGCUCAAGCUGAAUCUCUGAGAUACAAACUCAUUGGAGGUUUGGCUGUCCGACGUGCAUGCUAUGGUGUGCUGAGGUUCAUUAUGGAGUCUGGAGCUCGUGGUUGCGAGGUGGUUGUAUCUGGCAAGCUCAGAGGUCAACGUGCAAAGUCCAUGAAGUUCGUUGACGGCCUCAUGAUCCACUCUGGAGACCCUUGCAAUGAUUAUGUCAACACCGCUACUCGCCAUGUGUUGCUCAGACAAGGAGUGCUUGGUAUUAAGGUCAAAAUCAUGUUACCUUGGGAUCAACAAGGCAAGAACGGACCCAAGAAACCGCAGCCCGACCACAUAUUGGUUACGGAGCCCAAGGACGAGCCCGUCCCGUUGGAGCCCACAUCCGACGUACGCUCCAUCGCACCAGCGCCCCUACCGCAGCCCGUACCUGCGACUGCUUAGGUCUAAGCUAAUAAACUAAUUAAUUUCA